GGGGGGGGUGGGCCCACAUUGGAAGGGGCCUCCCCCCCUUUCAUCCUCAUCUUGGGGGGGUUGGGGUGCACCCCUGACCCCCCCCACACGCCCCCCUAAGUCCCCCCAAACCCAUUAGGCCCCCAUGGAGCUGCAGAAGGGGAAGGGGCCCGGCCCCGUGGGUCCCCCAGGCGCCCCCGCCAUCGCGGGGAGGCUGCUCCUGUCCACCAGUUUGGACGCCAAGGAUGAGUUAGAGGAGAGACUGGAGCGCUGCAUGAGCAUCGUCACCUCCAUGACCAGCGGCGUCUCGGAGCGGGAGGCCAACGACGCCCUCAACGCUCACGUUUGCAAAGGGUCCCCGCAGCACGAGGAGGUCUGCCUCGGCCUCUUCACCCUCAUCCUCACCGAGCCCCUUCAGGCCCAGAAGUGCUACCGCGACCUGGCCCUGGUGAGCCGCGACGGCAUGAACAUCGUCCUCAACAAGAUCAACCAGGUCCUCAUGGAGAAGUACCUGAAGCUGCAGGACCCCUGCCGCACCCAGCUGGUUUGGCUGGUGCGGGAACUGGUCAAGAGUGGGGUGCUGGGAGCCGACGGCGUCUGCAUGACCUUCAUGAAGCAGAUCGCAGGCGGAGACGUUACAGCGAAAAACAUCUGGUUGGCAGAAAGCGUCCUCGAGAUCCUGACGGAACAGAGGGAGUGGGUCCUGAAGAACAGCCUGUUGGUGGCCAUGACGGUCUACACGUACCUGCGACUCAUCGUAGACCACCACGGGACCCCCCAGCUGCAGGCCCUGCGCCAGAGGGAGGUCGACUUCUGCGUCUCGUUGCUGCGGGAGCGGUUCAUGGACUGCGUCAUGAUCGGCCGAGACCUGGUCCGGCUGCUGCAGAACGUCGCCCGCAUCCCGGAGUUCGAGCUGCUCUGGAGAGAGAUCAUCCAUCAGCCGCAGGCCUUGAGCCCCCAGUUCACAGGCGUCCUGCAACUCCUGCUCUCCCGGACGUCCCGCAAGUUCCUGGCCUGCCGCCUCACCCCGGACAUGGAGACCAAGCUGCUCUUCAUGACGUCCCGGGUGCGGUUCGGCCAGCAGAAACGCUACCAGGACUGGUUCCAGCGGCAGUACCUGGCCACCCCCGACAGCCAGUCCCUGCGCUGCGACCUGAUCCGCUACAUCUGCGGCGUCGUGCACCCCUCCAACGAGGUGCUCAGCUCCGACGUCCUGCCCCGCUGGGCCAUCAUCGGCUGGCUGCUCACCACCUGCACGUCCAACGUGGCCGCGUCCAACGCCAAGCUGGCCCUGUUCUACGACUGGCUGUUCUUCAGCCCCGACAAGGACAGCAUCAUGAACAUCGAGCCGGCCAUCCUAGUAAUGCAUCACUCCAUGAAACCCCACCCGGCCAUCACCGCCACCCUGCUGGACUUCAUGUGCCGGAUCAUCCCCAACUUCUACCCGCCGCUGGAGAGCCACGUCCGCCAAGGGGUCUUCUGCUCCCUCAACCACAUCGUGGAGAAGCGGGUGUUGGCCCACCUGGCCCCGCUGUUCGAUAACCCCAAGCUGGACAAGGAGCUGCGGUCGAUGUUGCGGGAGAAGUUCCCCGAGUUCUGCAGCUCGCCUUCUCCGCCUGUGGAAGUCAAAAUCGAGGAGCCAGUUUCCAUGGAGAUGGAGAACCACAUGUCGGACAAGGAGGACAGUUGCUAUGACAACGCCGAAGCGGCUUUCAGUGAUGAUGAGGAGGAUCUGAGCAAUAAACGGAAGAAGCGGGAAUUCCGUUUUCACCCGGUCAAGGAGGCGGUGGUGGAAGAGCCAGUCGACAUCACCCCAUUCCUGGACCAGCUGGACGAGUCUCUGAAAGACAAGGUCCUCUUGCUGCAGAAAGGGAGUGACACCGAGGCCCAGUGUGAGGCCAUGCAGGAGAUCGUGGAUCAGGUGCUGGAGGACGACUUUGACUCCGAGCAGCUGUCCGUGCUGGCCUCCUGCCUGCAGGAGCUGUUCAAAGCCCACUUCCGGGGGGAGGUGCUUCCUGAGGAAGUCACGGAAGAGUCCCUGGAGGAGUCCGUGGGGAAACCGCUGUACCUAAUAUUUAGGAACCUGUGCCAGAUGCAGGAAGACAACAGCAGCUUCUCUCUGCUUCUCGACCUGCUGUCGGAGCUCUACCAGAAGCAGCCCAAGAUCGGCUACCACCUGUUGUACUACCUGCGGGCCAGCAAGGCGGCGGUGGGGAAGAUGAGCCUGUACGAGUCCUUCGCCCAGGCAACGCAGCUGGGAGACCUGCACACCUGCCUCAUGAUGGACAUGAAGGCCUGCCAGGAGGACGACGUGCGGCUCCUGUGCCACCUCACGCCCUCCAUCUACACCGAGUUUCCGGACGAGACCCUGCGGAGCGGGGAGCUGCUGAACAUGAUCGUGGCCGUCAUCGACUCGGCUCAGCUGCAGGAGCUGGUGUGCCACGUGAUGAUGGGAAACCUGGUCAUGUUCCGCAAGGAUUCCGUCCUCAACAUCCUCAUUCAGAGUCUGGACUGGGAGACGUUCGAGCAGUACUGUGCCUGGCAGCUCUUCUUGGCCCACAACAUCCCACUGGAAACCAUCAUCCCCAUCCUCCAGCACCUCAAGUAUAAGGAGCACCCCGAGGCGCUUUCCUGUCUGCUGCUGCAGCUGCGGAGGGAGAAGCCCAGCGAGGAGAUGGUGAAGAUGGUGCUGAGCCGGCCCUGUCACCCCGACGACCAGUUCACCACGAGCAUCCUUCGCCACUGGUGCCUCAAGCACGACGACCUGCUGGCCGAGCACAUCAAGUCGCUGCUCAUCAAGAACAACAGCCUACCGCGCAAGCGCCAGAGCUUGAGGAGCUCCAGCAGCAAACUGGCCCAGCUCACCCUGGAGCAGAUUCUGGAACAUCUGGACAGCCUGCGGCUCAGCCUCACCAACACCAAGCAGAACUUUUUCAACCAGACGCCGAUCCUGCAGGCUCUGCAACACGUGCAGGCCAGCUGCGACGAGGCCCACAAGAUGAAGUUCAGCGACCUCUUUUCUCUGGCGGAGGAGUACGAGGACUCGUCCAGCAAACCGCCCAAGACCCGGCGCAAGGCGGCCCUGGCCAGCCCCCGCAGCCGCAAGAGCGCCGCGCAGCCCCCCAACGCCGAGGAGGAGUCGGCCUCCAGCAGCGCCUCGGAGGAGGAGGACACCAAGCCAAAGCCCACGAAGCGGAAACGGAAGGGGUCGUCGGCGGUGGGGUCGGACAGCGACUGAGCCCCCACCCUGAUGACGUCACCCUGACCGUGCGACCCCCCCCCAAAAAACACACACACACACACACACACACACACACAGAGACCCCCAGCCCCUCGCCGUGGUCUUACUGUGACUGGGGGGGCGGAGGACGAGGGGCGCCCGCCCGCCCCGGCACUGGUUUGGACCGAA